AUGGCCACCAGGUUCACACUGCGCAACGCCCUGGGAGAACCGCCCGUCGAAGUCACUUUGUCUGCAGGUCUGUCGCAAGAAGCCUGUCUGGGAUUCAAACCUUUCAACGUUUGGCUGGAAUCGCUACGGCAAUCAUUGCGCCUUCAGUCUGAAGAGCACCACCCCUUCAAUGCGGAAAAGGAGCGAUACACUCUGCGGCGUAUCAACGUGCAAUCUGUUGAUUAUUUUGGCUCUCGCAUAGGCUUUAUGAAGAUGGAAACGGUGGUUGAAAAUGACAGCGAUGGUCGACCUCUUCCCGGGAUUGUCUUCCUUCGAGGCGGCAGUGUGGCUGUCCUGAUCAUCCUCCGACCAGAGAGUGAGGACGAGAACGAUGAAAGAUACGUGGUCCUGACGCAACAACCUCGCAUCCCAGCGGGGAGUUUAACUUUCUGCGAGAUCCCCGCGGGUAUGAUAGACGACGCUGGGACCUUUAAAGGCGCUGCUGCCAAGGAACUACUCGAAGAGACGGGCUUGAUUGUUUCCGUGAACGAGCUUACAGACAUGACCAUGCUCGCUUUGAAGGAUGCCAAGGGUUCUGAAAGUCAUCUACAGAAAGCAAUGUAUCCCAGUCCAGGAGGUUGCGAUGAGUACAUCGCUCUCUUUCUGUGGGAGAAGACCAUGCCUUGUUCUGAACUCAACGAAUUGAGGGAUAAGCUCUCAGGCAACGACACCGAGAAGAUCACACUCAAGCUUGUCAAGUAUGAAGAGCUGUGGAGGGAGGGUGCAAGAGAUGCGAAGACACUGGCAGCUUUGGCUUUGUAUGAGGGGCUUACAAGAGCAGGCGUCCUAGGGGAUAAAGGCCCAACCUCGUCAGCUCGAAAGCGGAAGAAACUCCGCAAAGGCAAAUCUACGAAUCGAAGGCAUCGCACCGAGGAAUUACGAUAG